UCAGUCUGCGAUCUACCGGCGGGGAAGUCACCUGCUCUGGACCCUCCUGACCCUCCUAGUCCAGCGGAACCGACGACGAGUCCAUCCAGCUAGCAGGAUGCGUGACAAAAGCCAGGAACCCUGCUGUCUGCCUCUCAAGGAGGAGUUCCAGCGCUCCAAGUUCUCGCUGCACCACGAGGAUCCUUCUGCAUUCUGUCGAUCGCAGUGGCAGAAGGGGGACCGCAGCUUCAUCUGGCUGCUCUACCGAUGGCUCCUGGCCGCUUUCUUUGCCGCCGGAGUCAUCGGCAGCAUGAUCGAGACUUUCAACGGUGGUCGCUGGUUUAUUUACCUGACUGAUUGGGGAUUUUCCCUGUGCUUCUAUUGCUGUACCUACGGCGCUGUAAUCGCCACCAUUUACUUCAUAAAGCCCUCAUAUUUCGCUCCUGGCAGUUGGGCUUUGAAGAUCUACUGGAUUUCCCACUAUACAACUGUGGUUUUGGCCAUGAUGAUCACCCUGGUCUUCUGGGCCGCUCUUUAUCCAUCCAUGCCAGGAAUGGGAGCUGAUCUGUACAACUUGUGGGCGCACGCUUUUAAUUCAAUUUGCUUGAUCUUCGAUUGUUUUAUGGUCGCUUUUCCCACACGAAUCAUGCAUUUUGUUUAUCCCUUCAUUGCUGGAAUCACUUAUGGUAUAUUCUCCUUGAUUUACUUCUGGACUGGCGGCGUAGAUCCAAUGGGAAAUCGUUUCAUCUACUUCAUCUUGGACUGGGAGCGACCUGGUCUGGCAAUUGGAACUGUUUGUGGAUGCAUUGUUUUGGUCAGCUGCUUCUGUAUAUUGGUCUUUGGGUUCUAUAGAUUACGUAUUUCGAUUUACGAGAGCUGUUGUAAAAAGCCUGAGGAAAUUCCAGCUACCACUACUCCUGCCAAUCCUCCAGAUACUAUUGCUCCUCCAAAAGAACCAAGACAAGUUGUUUGAUUUACCAUUUGAUUUAAACCAAUUUUAAUGGCUUUCCUACUAAACAUAAGUUGGAUUUCCUAAGGUAACUAAAUUUACAUACACCACACUACUUUCAAAAGAACAAACGAAAUCAAAAUUAGACUUGUUGGAGAGUUAUCAACUUUAGUUCAAGUUAUAUAUCCUACAAUUCAUAUUGAAAUUGUAUAAGGGAUCAAAGACCUAUAGCAAAAAAAUUAAAAUAAAAUAUUAUUUUACUAAAAAAGAA